GGCCAUCUGUUUUCAUUAAUACCACUUUUGAUCGUUCCUCUUCUGAAGCACUUUUAUUUUUGUGGUGUCAGACUGUACUUUUCAGUGUUUUAGGGUCAUGAAAGGAUGCGCUACAGGUUGUGGACUUACAGAAAUUACAAACCACCAGCAGAGAAGAAAUCGGUCCGUCUGAGGAGUGUGUGAAAGGGAAAAGUGAGCGGAAUAUGGAGGUACAGCAAGAAAAUGAAAUGGACGAAGAGGAGGAAGAAGAAAAGAAGACCAGGUCUCAACCCCAAACCAACAUGAAGGACCGGCUUGCGGAACUCCUGGAGUUGUCCAGGAGCUAUGACCAGCAGUUCCCAGACGAGGACGAUGACUUCGACUCGCCUCACGAGGACAUCGUGUUCGAGACGGACCACCUCCUGGAGUCCCUGUACCGAGACAUCCAGGACAUCCAGGGCGACAACCAGCUGCUGGCGGCCGACGUGCGGCGGCUGGGCAAGCAGAACGCCCGCUUCCUCACGUCCAUGCGGCGCCUCAGCAGCAUCAAGCGCGACACCAACUCCAUCGCCAAGGCCAUCAAGGCGCGCGGCGAGGGCAUCCACCGCAAGCUGCAGGCCAUGAAGGAGCUGAGCGAGGCGGCCGAGGCCCAGCACGGCGCGCACUCGGCGGUGGCGCGCAUCUCGCGCGCGCAGUACAACGCGCUCACGCGCGCCUUCCAGCGGGCCAUGCACGAGUACAACCAGGCCGAGAUGAAGCAGCGCGACAACUGCAAGAUCCGCAUCCAGCGCCAGCUGGAGGUCAUGGGCAAGGACGUGUCGAGCGAGCAGAUCGAGGACAUGUUCGAGCAGGGCAAGUGGGACGUGUUCUCCGAGAACCUGCUGGCCGACGUGAAGGGCGCGCGCGCGGCGCUCAGCGAGAUCGAGAGCCGGCACCGCGAGCUGCUGCGCCUGGAGAGCCGCAUCCGCGACGUGCACGAGCUCUUCCUGCAGAUGGCGGUGCUGGUGGAGCAGCAGGCCGACACGCUGAACGUCAUCGAGGUCAACGUGCAGAAGACGCUGGACUACACCGGCGAGGCCAAGGCGCAGGUGCGCAAGGCCGUGCAGUACAAGAGGAGGAACCCGUGCCGGACCCUCUGCUGCUUCUGCUGCCCCUGCCUCAACUAGCAGCCGCCGCGUCCGUCCGUCCGUCUGUCCGCGUCCUGCAAGCUCCUUGGCUUUGCGCGAGUUACGGUAAAACUGACCUUGGGAAAGACGGGCUCUUUAAUUUCUGAUUCGUCACUUGAUGUGCGUCAUGUGAUUCCUGCCUAGAGACAGACUUUUUUUCGCAUCUGCUCUACUUAUUAAAAUCACCUCGAACACUUAAUAUUCUUAUCUCAUUGACUUUUAUUAUCUCCCACUAAAAUAUACUUGGGGGUUAUUUUUCCUAAAUAUUUUUAAGUACUUAAUAUUGAGAGCGCACUCAAGUUGAGGGAUCAGUCACAUUUUAUGUAUUUUUCACAUGAGUUAUUUAAAAUUUAUCGUUUUACUCGAUUUCAUAUGCACGUAUAUAUGUGUAAAUACUAACAGAUACUAACAUGUAUACAUAAUGAUCAGUUCGUUUUACUUUUGUAAAUGUGCUAUAGAAAUAUCAAGAAAAACACUUCUCCUGUCUUUUGGUUUGUCUGUUUUGUAUUUUGCUUGUCCCUUGUCCAGUUUGGCUCAAAACUUUUAUCAUCUGGCAUUGAUAUGCAGGGAAGACAGGUGUCAGAGGUUGAAAAUAUAGAGAGAAUUAAGAGAUGAUAAAGUUAUGUUCUUGGAAA